AUUUUCUUAAACAUCCUAGACUCGCCUAAAUAUUGUUUGUAGUAUGGCUUCUCUUGUUGCAUUUUUACUUUUGGUAUGCUGUUCAUUAGCACUUGGAAAGUAUGAUCCAACGUGGGAAUCUCUUGAUGCAAGACCUUUACCUCAGUGGUACGAUGAAGCAAAACUUGGCAUUUUUAUACAUUGGGGAGUUUUUUCCGUGCCUAGCUUUGGAACAUCAGUGAAUGGAACUGCUGGUGAAUGGUUUUGGUGGUAUUGGCAAGGUGAAAACUAUACAACACAUACUGAUUUCAUGAAACAAAACUACCCUCCAGAUUUUCAAUAUGCAGAUUUUGCUCCUCAGUUUACAACAGAAUUCUUUGAUGCUGUUGAAUGGGCCAAACUUUUUGAGGCUUCUGGUGCAAAGUACAUUGUUUUGACCAGUAAACAUCAUGAAGGUUAUACAAACUGGCCAUCAGCUGUUUCUUGGAAUUGGAAUUCAAUGGAUGUCGGCCCACAUCGAGAUUUGGUCGGUGAACUUGCAUCUGCUAUAAGAAUGAACACAAGUGUUAGAUUUGGACUCUAUCAUUCCCUUUUUGAAUGGUUCAAUCCAAUGUAUCAGAAUGAUAGGAAAAACUUUUUCAAAACGAAUGAUUUUGUCAGCAAAAAGACGAUGCCUGAACUGUAUGACAUUGUUAACAAAUACAAGCCUGAAGUAAUUUGGUCUGAUGGACAAUGGGAAGCCAGUUAUAAAUAUUGGAAUAGCACGGAAUUUCUAGCAUGGCUUUAUAAUGAUAGUCCUGUCAAGAGCACUGUUGUAACCAAUGAUAGAUGGGGUAUGUUGACCCCAUGUAAACACGGUGGAUUUUUCACUUGCAAUGAUCGAUACAAUCCUGGUGUUCUGCAACCAAGAAAGUGGGAAAAUGCUAUGACAAUUGAUGGAUUAUCUUGGGGUUUCAGAAGAAAUGCAAAGUUUUCUGAUUAUUUGUCCAUUGAGAACCUUAUCCAGACUUUUGUGACAACUAUCAGUUGUGGCGGUAACAUGCUGAUGAAUGUUGGACCAACUAAAGAAGGAACUAUUCCAGCUCUCUAUCAAGAAAGAUUGAGGCAGAUGGGAGAAUGGCUCGGUGUUAUCGGUGAAGCUGUGUAUGGUUCUACACCUUGGACUCAUCAGAAUGAUACUCUGUCUAAGGGAAUUUGGUAUACAGCAAAGCCAGGAACAGUGUAUGCAUUUUUUUUUACAUGGCCGGAAUCUGGAUCUCUGACUUUAGGUUCUGCGAUUCCCGUAGCUGAAACCUCAAAAGUUUCUCUUCUAGGCACUUCAAUAUCUUUGCCAUGGGAGCCCAUCAAGUCAAAUGGUAUUACAGUAAACCUCAACAGCAUCAAGCCAACUGAAAUUCCCAACAAAUGGGUUUGGGUUCUGAAGCUUGUUGGAUUUCAGUAGAAUAUAUUACCGGUAUUUCAUUUUUUUGAAUCCUAAUUAAUUGCAUCAUUUUGUGCAAUAUACCAGUUUUUCUGAAUCUUUGGGUCUGAAAAUUUUCUUGGGGCUCGUUUUCAACAUGUUUUUUCAUUUUGAUCCUAUCAAAAAGUUCAAGUGAAAAUAUUUUCAAUUGGUGAAGCAGUACAUUUUAUAUAACUUGUAAUCAUGUAUUGUGGAAUUCUACCUAUCUAGUAGUAUUGCUGGCAAUAAUGUAAAUGGCUAUAUUUUGCAAGUAAUAUUGAUAUACCAAAAUCCAUUAUUGUUAGUGGGAAAAGGUGCACUUUCUCAAUAAUAGUCUACAAAUGAUUAUUUCUAGAAUAGUGAGUUUGUUUUUAUUUCACUAUUGUUUUUUAAAAGUUAUGUGGUUUAGUUCAUCAGUUUUGAAUAACAAAUUGAAUAAAUCAAGAUAGCAAGUAAAACAAUUCUUCCACGUAAUUAUCGUAACUCAUCCCAAUGCUCUAUACUGCUACUUUACCAUGCCGUGAGAAAAAAUUUUUGUACUCAAGUUUGAUGUUAUAACGCAGUUUGCAGUGCUCAAGUUCUAUUUCAUGCAAAAUUUGUUCAAGGUAUUUGUUAUGCCACAAGCUCAACCUGAUUGGAAAAGUUCUGUAAAGUGAUUAUAAAUUAUUAAAGCAUUAUUAUGACCAACAUGACCAUUGCUACUGCUGCCAUUAGAUAUGCUAACUAUGGCCGAAUCUGACUUAAAACUAUACCGAUGAGUGAUGACAGAGAAUAAUAAAAUCUUUUUUUUGUCUUUUAAAUGAAAAUUACUUAUAUUACUUAAGAGAGCUGUAUGUUUGGUAUUAGUACUAUCAAAUUCAGUUCAUUUUGCAGUUUAAUUUUUCAUGUCUUAUAAUUUUGUUAUUUUCUUUAAUGAUAAUGCAGUGAACAAAUUUUGUGAUUUGUGAAUUAAAAUAUAUACUUUUCUAUGAUUGAUUACCCUAAUAUUGUGUUUGCCAAUGAGCUAUUCAACACUAUAAUUCCUUAUAGUCUCAGUAACUGUUGGCAUUUUACUGGCCUACUGUAGUACCUUCGCUCAGAGAUCAGUCUCCUUAAUUUCUGAGUGAGGGCGUGUUACGUUGCUAUUUUGAAGCCAUGUUUGUGACUGUAUGCAACGUUUGUUUAAUGUGGAUCUACCGGUACCUUAAAUAUUGUUGCAAAUAUUUUUAGUUCAUUUAUGCAUGGUCCAAAUGCCCCGCAUUUUAUAUUGAUUAUUUGUAGUUUUCUAAUCUAUCAUUACACAAUAUGAGUCCACUAUGAAUAUACUUUUCAUUGAAGUGAAGGCAUGAACUUCCAUAUAAUUAUACCAGAAUAUUGCUUACAAUUUAACUCUGCCCAACAUAUUUCUAUUUUAAAAUAAAUGAACUGUAAUCAUAAAAAUUUUUCAAUGAAUUUGAAAUGUAGCCUAUGGACAGGAGGGCCAAAUGAAUUUUUUCACCCGCCAUUCCCCAAAACAAUAUCCUGAACGAAGCUUGAACUAUGGAACAGCUGCUGUGGGUCUAGUGCCACCAGUAUUUCUAGUGUGCGUGGUAUAAAAUUUUUUUAUAUAUCAUUCCUGACUCUUACCUUAUUACUUGACUAUGUCAUUCAAAAAUUAUGUCACUGUGACAUUACAAUCGCAUAAUCAAGCUUGCCAAAAUAUAGCAUCGAUGGCCCGUAAGGAUGUCUGUGACAAUGAACUCACUGAAGCUGGCAAUCUUUCUUGCGAUUGUUGUUGUCGCAGUGAUAGAAUUUUUGGUUGACAUCAGGUGGGGGUCAGAAAUAUGCAAAAAUUGUUACGCUACACCCACUAAAACUACACCACACUACGGACACUAGACCCACUGUUGCCUUUCAGUGUUUCCAACGAAAAUAUGAUUUUCUGAUAACCUUAGAUUUUAUUAGUGUUUGACUACAGCCAUUUCUUCUUUCUGAAUAGUUCUUAAUAUGUGAUCCUCAAUUUUGAUACAUUGAUUUUUUUCUGUGUAUACUGUAUAUGAAUCGUCUGAAUCAAGUUGUGCUGGAAAUUUCAUAUUGGUUCCUUACGUGUACUUGAUAACCUUCACAUUCUAAUAUUUUCAAAUCAUACAUUAGA